GGGGGAAGAGCCGAUAUAUUUAAGGCUUGAUAGAGAUCCAUUUUAUUUUUGCAUAGGAAGCAACAAGCAGAAGUUGUUAAGUCGUGCAGGAAGUCUGAGAGCCAGCCAUGCUUCCAGGGAAAGAUGUCAAAGAAGGAAAUUGACAGCAGAUAGAAUAUUAUGUGUCCCUUCUGAUCUGACUGGGCAGAUCUUAGGAAAAGUACAGCUAAAGUCAAGUCGGAUUAUAUGUGAAGUGAAAUCUUUAUUGUGGGAACAUAAGACUUUUGUAGAAAUCAGCUAAAUGGAUCUAUUGGACAGUCCUGCAUCUCAGCACAGAAAGGGGAAGAAGAAGCUGUUUGGCCUCAAAGUGAAGAAGAAAAAGAAGAAAGAAAGCGAAGAUCUCGUCCUGGCAAAUAAAGGCGCUGUGGACAGUGAGGUGGAGGCUUCCUCUGAAGCAUCUUUCCUACAGGAAGGAGAGAACCCUGAGGAGCAGCUGGCCAUCAGAAGAAUAAAACCAAACACAAAGAGAGCCAAACUUCAAACUCGCAUUCAGGGCAGUGAAGGAAAACCAGAGAGCUUCCAGAUUGCCAUCAAUAUCACAGAAGCCAGGCAGCUUGUGGGGGAAAACAUAGACCCCAGUGUGGUGAUUGAGAUUGGGGAUGAGAAGAAGCAGACAUCCGUCAAAGAAGGAACCAACGCUCCAUUUUACAACGAGUAUUUUGUUUUUGACUUCUUUGCCCAUAAAGAGGUCUUUUUCGACAAAAUCAUCAAACUGAUGGUUGUUCACUCAAAGAUGUUGAAGUCAUUUACCGUGGGAUCUUUUAAGCUGGACGUUUGGACGGUCUACAAGCAGCCAGGUCACCAGUUUAUGAACAAGUGGGCAGUGUUGACCAACCCAGGUGACCUGAGCACUGGAGUCAAAGGCUAUGUUAAAUGUGACAUCAGCGUCUCAGCAAAAGGAGAUGCCGUGCAGCCGGGACCAAAAGCGAGUGAUGCUGAAGAGCAGAUCGAAAAGAACCUCCUGAUUCCAGAGGGGCUUCCCUCUGAGCGCCCGUGGGCCCGUUUCUGUGUGAAGGUGUACCGAGCUGAAGGCCUCCCUCGAAACAACUCCAGCAUUAUGGCCAACGUUACCAAAGCCUUUAUAGGAGACAACACAGCACUCAUUGACCCCUAUGUUGUAGUCAGCUUCUUUAAACAACUGGGUCGCACGUCCACCCAAAAGUCCUCAGCUGAUCCGGUGUGGAACGAGCAGAUUGUCUUCACUGAGAUGUUUCCUCCUUUGUGUCAGAGAUUAAAGAUUCAGGUCUGGGAUGAGGGAAGCAUGAAUGAUGUUGCCAUAGGAACCCAUUACUUUGACCUAAGACGUAUUUCUAAUGAACAAGACGGUGACAAAGGGUUUUUACCAACGUUUGGUCCUGCUUGGAUUAACCUAUAUGGCUCAGCGCGAAACUUCUCCUUGGGUGAUGACACAGGGGAACUUAAUGAAGGCAUUGGCGAAGGGGUUUCCUUCAGGGGUAGGGUCUACUUGGAGCUGGCGGUGGAGAUCCUGUCCGGAGGCACGGGCUCAGAGUCCAAACUCAGUCGGAUGAUUAAACCUGUGAAAGACAUAAAAGCAGGGAAAGCUGGUGUGAAGGAUGCAAAGAGUCCUGCUGGAGGAGCCGGAGGAGGGACAGGGGCAGCUGAUGAUGAUAAAGGAAAAGCAGCAGAGGUCCUUCCUGUUGACCCCCCUUCUUUGCCAAAUGAAGAUGACUGUGAAACCUUCCUGCUGUUUGGCGCAUUGCUUGAAGCCACCAUGAUUGACCGAAAGAUUGGAGACAGGCCCAUCAGCUUUGAGUUCUCCCUUGGUAACUAUGGCAAUGUCCUGGAGUCUCCAUCUCAGCAAAGCACUGCCAGUCCUGCUGUGACUAGAAGGAGGAAGGCUCUUGACGUCCCAGAUAGCAGUGAAGCAUUUGGCUCCUCAAUGCUGAGCUGCUCUCCUACCAGCUCAUCCUCACUGCUUCUACCCAAAGAACCUUUGGACACAUCUUUAGCCUCUAAAUCCACCACACCUCCAGAGAAACCUCUCAUCGUUGAAGGAAACAGACACUACAUGUAUUUACCUCUGGAGAAGAAGCCCUGUGUGAAUGUGGUGAGCUACUGGGAGGACAGAACUUACCGGCUGCACAACUCAAAUAUGCUGGAGAAUAUAGCAACACUCUUUGAGGAGGGUGUUUCCGCUGCUGCUGAGCUACUCAAGAAGUUGGACCCAGCAGCUGAAGCGACUUUAAGAGCUGUGCUCAGAAACUUUUGUUUGGAUGCCAGGAGUUUCAUUGCAGCUGCAGAGGCCAAACUGAAAGCAGGGCAGAAGAGCAGCUUUCUGACUCUGCUGGACAAGAAACGCUUGACCAUGUGCAAACAGGAGCUGGAGAGCAUGAUCGGAGAGGCUGAGUCGUUGUUGGGGAGGAAGAGAACAGGGGGAGCAAAAGAAAUCCUGCAAGAAGCAACUAAGCUAACACAAAAACUGCGUUUCCUCGUGGAGGAGCCCCAACAUACAGUCCCGGACAUGUUUGUGUGGUUGCUUAGCAACAACAAACGUGUUGCAUAUGCCCGGGUUCGAACCAGAGACCUGUUGUACUCCAGCAACCAGGAAUCCAGAGGAAUCCUCUGUGGGAAGAUAUUAACACUAUAUCUGAAGCCACCAGGGAAGCGGCCUUCAGGACUGUCAGUUCAAGCCAAGCUGGACGUGUAUCUGUGGUUUGGAGCUUGCUCAGACUCUGCCCACAUGCUGGAUGACCUGCCUGCAGGAUACCGACCAGACACAGGGGGCGCCGAUGGUAACAGCCCUCCUUCAUACCUGCUUUGCACAGAGCAGCACCAGUUCGCGCUGCGCUGCCACAUGUAUCAGGCUCGUGGUCUGAUCGCUGCAGACAACACAGGCCUGUCGGACCCAUUUGCUCGAGUCACGUUUCUCUCACACUGCCAAACCACCAAUAUCAUUAAUCAGACUCUCAGUCCUACAUGGAAUCAGUGUUUGCCAAUGAGCAACCUCGUGCUGAGUGGAGACCUGCAGCAUGUCCUGGCAGAGCCGCCAUAUGUUGUUGUUGAGGUUUACGAUGACGACGCUCUGGGAAAGGCAGAGUAUCUGGGUGCCACAGUGGCCGUCCCUGAAGUGCGGUUGGCCUCCGAACCCUACUCCCCCCCUACCCUGCAGUAUAGCCCAAUUCACUGUGGCAGCCAAUCAGGAGGAGACCUGCUGGCCGCAUUCGAGCUGCUGCAGGUUAAAGACUCUGAACAGCUGAAUGUUCCAGAUUUAGAGGAGCAGGAAGGAGGCAUCUAUACUGUUCCUGCCUACAUUAGGCCUGUUCUCAGCACCUACAGGCUGGAGGUUUUGUUCUGGGGACUGAGGGAGCUGAAGAAGGUUCAGCUCCUAUCCGUUGAUCGGCCACAGGUGUUCAUCGAAUGUGCAGGUAAAACCCUGCGCUCCUCGGUUAUCCAGAAGUACAAGUCCAACCCAAACUUUACCACACUGGUAGAUGCCAUUGAGCUGGUAAGAUCAACGUCCUUUACACAAAUAGACUACAUUAGGAUGAAAUUUGUUGCACCCAAACAGGUCUGUAUCUCAUGGAUUAUGUUAAAGUGUGGCACACAGAUCAGUCAGCACAGAAUAUAUCUCUUCAAUUCAAAUCUCACCACAAUUUUGACAGGGCUGUCCCAGGAUGCUAUGGAGACCUGCUCGACAGUGGCCCUCACCAAUCAGGACUUCCUAAUUACUGUGGAGGACGAAGCUUCUCCAGCUCCAGCUCCAGCUCCACCUACACCACAACCAGAACCUAAAAGAAAGAAGGAGAGAAUCUCAAAGAGCAUCCACAGAUCCACCAAGAGGAAGAGGCGGACAAUUGCGGAUGAAUCUGCAGAGUCUGUUAUUGACUGGUGGUCCAAAUACUUUGCAUCUGUAGACAAACAAGCAGCCCAGAAGACAAGCUUUGAACUACCAAACGCGUUUGAGAAAGCUUCACCAUACCACAGCAUGCUCAGCGAUGGAAUAGACACUUUGGUCGGCAGCCAGUCAGAUGGAGACAAGAAGAAGAAACAGAAAGGAAAGGGGACGCUGGAGCUCCCUACUGGCUUACCUACUAAAAUAGUGACACUCCAGCUAUACAAUAAAGAGCUGGAGGCAGAGUUUGGUGCGUUUGAUGAUUGGGUCAGCACAUAUGAACUGUUCAGGGGUAAGGCCAACGAGGAGGAGGGAACAUCUGAUGAGAGGUUCGUUGGGAAGUUUAAGGGUCGAUUCUGCCUCUAUAAGAUAAGUGAUGAUGAAGCAGAGGAUGAAGAGGAUUUCAUCGACUUAGGCCACUUCAGGGUGAACAGAGGAAUCCCUCAGAACAUUUCUGUACAAGUUCUCAUCCGGGUUUACGUCGUCUCAGCGUCCAACCUGCAUCCAGCGGAUCCAGAUGGGAAGGCUGACCCUUAUAUUUUACUUCGCCUUGGGAAAAAUGAAAUCAAAGACAGAGAUAAUUACAUUCCCAAACAGCUAAACCCUGUUUUUGGAAGAUCUUUUGAGAUGCAGGCCACAUUUCCUCAGGAGUCACUGCUGUCGGUGCUGAUUUACGACUAUGACCUGGUAGGAGGUGAUGACCUGAUUGGAGAGACUCGCAUUGAUCUGGAGAACCGAUUCUACAGCAAACACAGAGCCACAUGUGGACUCCCCACUGAGUACAGCCUAGGGGGUUAUAAUGCCUGGAGAGACUCUCUAAAACCAUCGGAGCUGCUGUCAAAAAUGUGCAGAGAAUAUGGUGUGGAUGGUCCUCAUUUUAGACCAGGACGCAUCACCGUGGCUGACAAAAUCUUCACAGGCAAAACAAUCUACAUGGAUGAAGAUGAGCCGGUGGAGUCCUAUGAGCACCUGUCCCUCAAAGUCCUGCACCGCUGGGCUGAGAUCCCAGCUGUGGGAUGCAAACUAGUACCAGAACACAUUGAGACAAGAACUCUUUACAACAAGGCACGGCCUGGAAUGGAUCAGGGUCAGGUCCAGAUGUGGGUGGAUAUGUUUCCAAUGGAUUUACCUCAUCCAGGACCCCCAGUGGAUAUUUCACCCAGAAAACCCAAAGGGUAUGAGCUGCGCAUCAUCAUCUGGAACACAGAAGAUGUGAUCCUGGAAGACUCAAACUUCCUGACCGGUCAACAGUCCAGUGACAUCUAUAUCAAAGGUUGGCUGAAAGGUUUAGAAGAUGACCGACAGGAAACUGACGUCCACUACAACUCUCUGACCGGAGAAGGAAACUUCAACUGGCGCUUCGUAUUCCCCUUUAGCUACCUGCCUGCUGAAAAGGUUGUGGUGGUGAAGAAGAGAGAGCACAUUUUCUCCCUGGAUAAAACAGAACAGAAGCUUCCAGCCAUCCUCAUCCUGCAGGUCUGGGACUUUGAGACGCUCUCCUCAGAUGACUUCCUAGGUACGCUGGAGCUGAACCUCCACGGAUUUCCCCGUGGAGCGAAAACAGCCAAGUCGUGUAAAGCUGACAUGCUGACGGAGGUGACAGACAGAAUCUCCAUCUUCCAGCAGAAGAGAGCUCGAGGCUGGUGGCCUUUCAGCAAGUCUGGAGAGCUCACGGGGAAGGUGGAGGCAGAGUUCCAUCUUGUGACGGCUGAAGAGGCUGAGAAGAAUCCUGUUGGAAAAGCACGGAAGGAACCAGAACCACUGCCCAAACCAAACCGUCCAGACACCUCCUUCUCCUGGUUUGUCAACCCUUUCAAGUGUUUCUUCCACUUGGUGUGGCGGAACUACAAGAAGUACAUCAUCAUCGCUCUGGUCCUUCUGAUCACCGUGCUUUUCCUCGCCCUGCUCUUCUACACUCUGCCAGGAGCGAUCUCUCAGAAGAUUAUCAAUGGAUAACAUUUGACUGGGCCGGCAGUUUUUGGACAGAUUUAGAAAUGAUCAUUAUUCAAACUUUAAUCUGAUAAGUUAACAAUAUAAUGAAAAAAAAGAAUCCAAUAAAACAAACAGUUGUAAAAUUAUUUAUGCAAACUCAGAACUCGUCCCCCUGUAACUUUAUCUUAUGUGAUUUUAAAGUUUUAAUACUAAGAAGCAAACACCUCUGACUGCUGGGAUUGUUAAGAAGACCACUGCAAGGAUCAUGGUAGAGAAAACAUGAAUAAACAAAAAAACGUAAAAACAGGGUUCCUACAGCAUAAGGCAAA